AUGGAGUGCCCUUUUGGUCACAAUCACUCUCAAACUCGUCACCAUUGGAACGAUGAUGAAGAUAACCGAGAAAGACCACCACCGCAACAUCUCCAUCACCAUGAGUUUCCUCCGCCGUGUCAGCACUACCCGCCAACACCAAACUACCAUCAACCACCCGCCUUUCGCGGACCAUAUCCGCCGCCACCACCAAACUACCAUCAACCACCCGCCUUAGACGGACCAUAUCCACCGCCACCACCAUCAUCAUACUUCCAGCAGCAUGCCUUUGAUGGACCAACACCACCAUACUUUCAGCAACCGGGCUUUCCGUCACCCCCGCCGCACCAACCACCAACCCAUGAGAUGAAGUGGUACAAAGAUGAGAAGUUCAGCACAAGAGUGAAAGAUCAAGUGGGUUUCCCCAGUUUUUCUCUGGCUAAUAAGGCCACUGGUCAAGUCAUUAAACACUCCAUUGGAGCUUCUCAUCCUGUCCAACUGGUACCUUACAAACCAGAUCUUGAUGAGUCCGUACUAUGGAGCGAGAGCAAGGAAGUCCAUGAUGGCUACAGAGCUAUAAGAAUGAUUAACAACAUUCGCCUGAAUUUAGAUGCUUUCCAUGGUGAUAAGAAAUCCGGUGGCAUUCACAAUGGUACUACCAUUGUGUUGUGGCAAUGGAACAAGGGAGAUAACCAGAUAUGGAGAAUUGCACCAUACUGUUAG